AUAAACACAAACUUUCAAGAAAAUCUAAUUGAAAUCAAAUCAACAAAAACAAUAUUGACCGGAAUGUUUCGUUUUUUCAAAUUAAAUCUAAUAUGGGCUAAUAAUAAUAUGGACAGCCUUAUGAUUGCUUUAUAACGGCAUUUUUUAUAUUGACGCGCGCUAUUAAAAAUUCAAAUUCAUAUUUUAUCGUAUACGUAUACUUUGAACACGAUGACUACACGUGCAUCAAUCAACUGAAACAAUGUGUGAAACUGUUUUUUAUUUUUGUUUUCCAACAAAUCAUUCAUAUGUCUGAUAAAAAUUGUCUCAAAAUUUUAUGCCUUCAUGGAUACAGGCAAAAUUCACAAUCAUUCAAGGCUAAAUCGGGAGGAUUUCGUAAAGUUCUCAAAAAUCAUUUCGAGUUUGUCAUCAUCGAUGCGCCACAUCAAAUACCAUUAGGUGAACAAAAUCCCAACAAUGAACAAGAUUGUCUAAGCUGGUGGUUUUCUGGUGAAAAUCCCGAUUAUUUUAGUUCUAAACACUUAUCCAAUUAUGUUAAAGGGUAUGAUGAAUCGAUGAAGAAAAUAUGUGAUUCUUUCGAAAAAAUGGGACCAUUUGAUGGUCUAUUGGGAUUCAGUCAAGGGGCAUCAUUGGUUGCUUUAAUAUGUAUUCUCAAACAUUUUAAUGAAUUUCCAUACGAUUUUAAAUUUGUUAUCUUAUGUUCUGGAUUCAAAAGUCUGACAUCAAGUCAUGUGGCCAUGUUUGAUAGAUUAGCAGAUCAAAAGAUACGUAUUCCCUCGUUACAUAUAAUCGGUGAAAAUGAUCAAGUGGUGGAUCACGAUCGUUCUGAAUCGUUAGCAAACGAUUAUUUUUAUUGUCCAUUCAUAAUCAAACAUGCGGGUGGUCACACCAUUCCAUCACAAACAUCAUUUCGACCACAAUACCUGAAUUUUCUUGAUAAACUCAAUGAUUUUAGUUAGCUUUAGAUUUAUUGAAAAAUAACAGAAAAUAAUAAAAAAAACGAUUACAAAAAAA